UCUUAACAUUAUUAAAUAAUAACCAUGCAAGGUACAGAAGAAGAAAAUAUAGAAUCUGUUUUUAAAGAAUAUCCAUCCAUUAUUCUUGGGGAAAAUGAAUUUAAAGCUUUUCAGUCAUUUUAUUCUGGAAAUUUAAACCCUAUAACAACUUGGUUAAAAACGAGAUUUCUAUCUCCAAAAUAUGCAAAGAACACAAAAAAAUCUCAAAAAUACAGGAGUGGAGGCAAUGGUUGCUUCUCAAAAAAUAAAUUUGAGGAAGCUUUAAAAAAUUUUACUUUAGCUCUGAAUUAUGCUGAAUUUAAUACUGAUGAGUAUUCUUUAGCAUUAGCUAAUCGAUCAGCUACUUAUUUUUAUUUAAAAGAUUAUCAAUCUUGUGUUAAAGAUAUAAACAAUUGUUUAAACUCUAAUUAUCCUUUAAAAUUUCAUCCCAAAGUUUUUAUUAGGAAAGCUGAAGCUUUAGAAAAAUUAAAAUGUUUAAAUGAAGACUUUUUAAAUGUUGUAAAAAAAGUUAUUUCAGAGUCAGAUAUGAAAAGUGAAGAAAAAGAAUCUAGAAUUGUAAAAUUAAACCAUCUUAAUAUUGAUUGUAAUAACCAAGAUUUUACUGAGUGCAAAAAUGAAAUCAGUGAAAAGAUGGAUUUUGAGGAAAAUCCCAAUUUUGCUUAUGCCUCUACAGCUAUUGAACUUAGUUAUGAUAAUAAAAGAGGUCGUCAUGUUAUAGCAACUAGAAAUAUUCAAGAAGGAGAAAAUUUGUUUAUAGAAAAAGCUUUCUUUUUUGCUCCAAUAUUCAAAGAAACUGAUUUAUUAACUCCAAAUAAAUGUCAUCAUUGCUUAAAUGAUAUAAUUGCCUCUAUACCAUGUAAAAAGUGUACUUUAUUAAUGUACUGUGAUGAAAAUUGUCGGGACGAAUCUUGGAAUGAAUUUCAUAAAUGGGAAUGUGCGGGGAUGACUGCUGGUAUUUGGUAUGAUUUAGGAGUUGCUUAUCCAGCUUUUCGAGGGGUUGUUAAAGCACUGGAAGCAAACUUACCAAAAUUGGAAAGUUCUUAUGAGUCAAUGGUUGAAAAUUUUGGUAAUAAAGAAAAUAAUUACGAAUAUUUUAAUAAACUUUUGACUAAUAUUGAACAUUUGGAAAGUAUUACACAAAUUUUAGUGCUUUCAAGCGUUGUCAUUAAUUACUUAGAAAAGGAGACUGAAUUUUUUUCUUACGCAAAACAAAAAAUGAAUUCAAUAUCCCUCGAAGAUCUUAAAACAAAAUGUGGCGGAUUACUCUUAAGACACAUUUUACAACUAUCAGGGAAUGCUAGUCUUAUACAACAUUGGAUUAAAAAUGAAGAUAGAAUUCCUAGUGAAUACAAUCAAAUCGCGUGUGGAAUUUACCCGGCAGUUAGCAUGAUGAAUCAUUCUUGUAAUCCAAAUAUAACUAUGUUUUACAAGAAAUCGACUGUAAUUGUAAAAGCAUUAAAUAAUAUCAAACAAGGCGAAGAAAUUUAUAAUUGUUAUGCUUUUCAAUACCGCGCCGUUGAUUUUGAAAGUAGACAAGAUAUUUUAAAGACUAUUUAUCACUUUGAUUGUAAAUGCGAAGUUUGUAGUAAUUCAAAUUAUGAAAUUGAUUUUAUGGAAAGUUUUUUAUGUCCAAAAUGUUCCGGUCCACUGGCUGAUAUCUCAGGAAUUUGUUUAAAAUGUAAAAAACCGGCUCUAUUAGAAUAUUUUAAAAAUUUGGAAUUAGAAGCAAAUGCAUUAAUAGAAAAGAAACCGUUAAAUAUUGAUGAUCUUAAGAAAUGCUAUAAAAUUCGAAGUAGUAUUUAUGUUAAAAAUCAUCGCAAAAUUUCUGAAUGUUUAGAUAUGAUUGCAGAACAAUACAAAAAAGAAGGAAAUUUAGUAAAAAUGUUAGAAUAUUUUAACAAAUCUCAAGAUUUAAAGCAAGCCAGUUUAGGAUCAAAUUCAAGACUUUUGGUUAUCGAAACGGUAAAAAUUAUAUCCGACAUUAUUGAUGAAUUAAAGAGAAAUUCAAAUGUUUCUGAUAAAAAGGAAAUUUUAAAAAUGAUUAAGAAAAUGUAUUUUAUAGCUUAUAACACUUUAUUACUAUAUUAUCCUACAGAUUGUUUAGAAUUAAGUGAUAUUCAAGAGUUUAUUAAAGAAAAUGACGAAUAAAUUAUUCGUUUUGCACUUUUAAACUAAUUAGAUCAAA